UCCCCCACCCACACACACACAGCCAUGUUUCACAAGGUGUUGGUGAUGGUGACGAUGGGUGUGGUGGGCGUGGCGGCAGCUCUCCCAGAGGACGGCCCCUACGGUCCAGUCAGUGGAAUUUACGGUCAACCAGACUACCGGAACGAUCCUCUGCCCUACCAGUUUGCUUACGCCAUCAAGGACGACUACGAGGGAGCCCACUACCAACAUAACGAGAAGUCGGACGGCAGCAACGUGCAAGGGUCGUACACCGUGGCACUCCCUGACGGCCGAGAACAAACAGUGAGCUAUGUGGCCGACCCCUACAACGGCUACCUGGCUAGAGUCACCUACAAGGGUCAGGCACAGCAUCCUAAUGUGUACGGUUCACCCGUCACGUUCAGGCCCGCUACCUACAGACCCGCCACUUAUGGACCCGCCAACAACGGACCCACCUACAGACCCACCACUUAUGGACCCGACAACAACGGACCCACCUACAGACCCACCACUUAUGGACCCGCCAACAACGGACCCACCUACAGACCCACCACUUAUGGACCCGACAACAACGGACCCACCUACAGACCCACCACUUAUGGACCCGACAACAACGGACCCAUCACCUACGAACCCGACACACCGAGACCAGUCAUCACCUCUUACGAACCCAAGCUGAUUUAUCAUUGAUGGACUCCAGCUGGGCCGUCACUGACAGUAGCCAGCUGGGCCGUCACAGACGGUAGCCAGCUGGACCGUCACUGAUGGACUCCAUCUGGACCGUCACUGACGGUAAUCAGCUGGGACGUCACUGAUAGACUUCAUCUGGACCGUCACUGACGGUAAUCAGCUGGGACGUCACUGACCACCAUGAACCAAAACAGUCGUCAACACUAGCUAGUCAUGUAACAAUUUUUUUUUGAAAUACUAAAAUAAACGUUUUUGAUGUC